AUGGCGGAGGCAUCUAUUCGUUCACACCGUCGUUCUCUCACUCUCUCGUUAACACACAGCUACGAACUCUGGCAGGACUGCAACACGGACUGCGGAUGCAACGUGGAGAAAUACGCGCCGGUGUGCGCGUCGAACGGCGUCACCUACUUUUCUCCCUGUCAGGCAGGCUGCAGCGACGCCUACACACUCGGGGACGCCAAGAAUUUUACGGGCUGCUCCUGCACGCCAGAUGGCGUGGCGACUGCCGGCAAGUGUGACAGAACGUGCACCGGCGCCAUGGUUGCGUAUUUCAUUCUCCUCGGCGUUGCUGGCCUGCUAGUCGCACCUGCCAAUGUGGCCAGCUUCUCACUAAAAAUACGAGUGGUUGAACCCAAAGAUAAAGCUAUGGCGUUGGGACUUGGAAGUUUUCUGCUCUCGGGGCUAAGUGAGUGCUUCAUAAUGAUUCAUGUUUCGCUGUCAUUAAGAAUCUACUACACACGCUAGCAGGUGUAGGUUAGCGCGAUAAUUCACGGACGCAAACUCUCCCUAACCAUAUCGUGAAGCAGUUAUUUACGGCUAGCGGUAAGAGGUAGCUCUAUUCAUCGGCUAGCAUCCUUAUUU